GCACUCUACCCCAGACAACAGAGUGAGACUGUCAAAAAAAAAAAAGGGCAGUGACUGAGUAGGCAGGGUCCCUCGGAGGGAAGGGCACAGUCAUACCUCCCUGCCUUUGCUCAAGCCCUUCUCUUCUCCCAGAUGGAAAGUCCUUCCCAUUUCUCUAUCUGUGGAGAUGCUGAUCUUCACUUGCUAAGAGAAGCCCUCCUCUAGUCACAGCUUAUUGUCCCUGUUCUCCAUCCCCCAACACACUAGUCGGGUCUGUGACUACAAGGACAGAGAAGGUAGCGAUUCCAGGUUUGAGGACAGGGCUCCUGGUGUCGCAAAAGCUGGGGCAGGGGGAAGAGGCCAUGCCUGUGCCUGUUUGCCACUGGCUCCCCAUGCAACCUGGAUGGCACAGUCUCACUCUCGUGCCAGGCUCAUCUUUCCUGGCCCAAGCCAGUGCCCCCGCCUACUCCCUGCCCAGUCCAAACUCCAGGCCCGGGCGAGGCACUACUAAUCCACGGCUGCACAGACCUGGGCAGCCUCCCUGUGAAACGCACGGUUACCUCUGGCAGCACAAAGAGGACCUGCGAGUGGACUAUGCUGCCAGAUGGACUGGGCGCCGUUGCCUGUGGCCUCCUGCUUCUCCUUGUGGUGGGCCAGGGCUCCUGGCAGGCCAGACUGGACACCAGCUCCCACUCCAGGCCUGUUGGCCCACUCGGAGUGGCACCCCAGGCUCAGUGACCACCAUUCCCUCAGGGCCCGAACUCUCUCAGCCUGAAGUACACACCACCCUGGGCCGCGUGCGAGGCCGGCAGGUGGGCGUGAAGGGCACAGACAGCCUUGUGAGUGUCUUCCUGGGCGUCCCAUUUGCCCGGGCACCCCUGGGGCCUGACCGGUUUUCAGCCCCGCGCCCAGCACAGCCCUGGGAGGGUGUGAGGGAUGCCAGCACCGAGCCGCCCAUGUGCCUGCAAGAUGUGGACAGAAUGGACAACAGCAGAUGGAUGCUCAACGGAAAGCAUCGGCUCUUCCCUAUUUCAGAGGACUGUCUGGUCCUCAACAUCUACAGCCCAGCUGGGGCCAUGGCAGGGGACAAGAGGCCGGUCAUGGUAUGGAUCCACGGAGGCUCUCUGAGCGUUGGUGCCGCCACCUCUUAUGAUGGAUCGGCCCUGGCAGCCUAUGGGGAUGUGGUCGUGGUCACAGUCCAGUACCGCCUGGGGCUGUUGGGCUUCUUCAGCACCGGGGACGAGCAUGCACCUGGCAACCAAGGCUUCCUAGAUGUGGUGGCUGCUCUGCGCUGGCUACAGGGGAACAUCAGCCCCUUUGGGGGUGACCCCAACUGUGUCACCGUCUUUGGCGAAUCUGCUGGUGGCACCAUCGUCUCUGCUCUGGUCCUGGCCCCAAUGGCUGCGGGGCUGUUCCACAGAGUCAUCUCACAGAGCGGGGUCAUCACCAUCCCUAAUACAAUGGAUCCUGAACCAAGGCACCUAGCUCGGCACAUCACGGACUCCCUCGCCUGCAGCUCCCACUCCUCAGCUGAGAUACUGCGGUGCCUUCGGCAGAAGGAAGGAGACAAACUUAUCCUUUACGAGAAAAUGGGUCUCACUGCUUUCACGGUUGAUGGCACCUUCCUUCCCAAAAGCCCCAAGGAGAUCCUCAAUGAGAAGCGAGUCCACUCCGUGCCUGUCCUCCUGGGUCUCAACAACCACGAGGUUAGCUGGCUCAUCCCCAAGGCCUUUGGUUUCCUGGAUAGGAUGGAGCAGAUGAGCCUGGAGGACAUGAUGAACAUCUUGAGGCCCUUCUUGAUUGGUCUGGAUAUACCCUUUGAGAUGACGGCCACCAUCGCAGAUGAAUAUGUAGACAGCAACUCAGACGCACAAGCCCAACGCCAUGCCUUCUUAGAGUUGAUGAGCGACGCAGUGUUUACCUUCCCUAUCUUAAAUUUCUCAAGAAGCCUCCGAGAUUUGGGGAACCCCAUCUUUUUCUAUGAGUUCCAGCAUCGACCCAGUUCUUUUGUGAAGAUCAGACCAGACUGGGUGAAGGCCGACCAUGGGGCUGAGGUUGCUUUCAUAUUUGGGGGGCCCUUCCUCAUGGAUGAGAGUUCCCUCCUUGCCUUUCCAGAGGCCACAGAGGACGAGAAGCAGCUGAGCCUCACCAUGAUGGCCCAGUGGACCCACUUUGCCCGUACAGGGGACCCCAAUGGCAAGGGGCUGCCUCCUUGGCCCCAAUUCGACCAGUCAGAACAAUACCUGGAGAUCGACCGGGUGCCACGGGCCAGGCAGAAGCUAAGGGAGGCCCGAAUGAGGUUCUGGACAGAGACACUCCCCAGCAAGAUCCAGCAGUGGUACGAGAAGCAGAAGAGGGGGAAGGCCCCGGAGGAGCUCUGAGCCACGGCCUGGGCCUUCUUGCUGGGGCCAACCCAAAGGGUGGCAAAGUCCCAGCAGGGGAACCUCCCUCCCCCUCCCUCCAGCCCUCACUGAGAGAGACUUUAACCUAAACCAGGCCCACAUGGUUCGUGUCCUUGAAAGCACCAACCACUGCAUGACUGGUGGUUUGCUAUUGUGAAAUAUCACCAUGCUGCUUUCUGUCUCUGGGCCAUUGUACGAGCUCUUCCCUUUCCCUGAAGUACCUUUCCUACUUGCUUCUUGGCAAAUUCCAGUUCAUUCUUCAUGCUCCCCAGAGGACUCCCUCCCCGAGGAAGCCGUCCCUGCCUUCUCUGGUCUGUGUGGCCCUGAGUCUGUGCCCAUGAGAGCACAGUCCACCCUAGGCCAGCACUGGGUCUGUGUCUCUCUCACCCUCAGAGGAGUUCUCUGAGAGUGGGGACCAGCCUGGUCCCACUCUGUCAUCCACACCAGAAUCAGGCAGGCCCUGGAGUCAGGGGACGUUUGGUGAGUGCAUGAAACACACAGUAUGUGAAUGGUGGUGCUGGACUUGAACCCAGAGUUGUCAGGCGCCAAAGCCAAGCUCAGUCUCCCACAGACAUAGUCUGUCCUGGCCAGAAGGGUGGACUCCAAAGGCAGGGACCUGGAGUGGGAGAAGUUCUGGGGUACCAAGGGAUCCAGCCAAGACCAGAUAUUAGCCCCUGACUAGGGCCUCAGACUAGAACUGGGAGAGGUACCCUGCUGUCUAGUCCUGGCCCCUGCACAAGACAGCAGAAUCCAGCAGGGCCACAUUCACUGAACAUGGCCUUCACCAUUUACAGCCCUGACCCUUAGGACCUGGGACACGAGCUGAGAAAUCUCUGAUCUAAGAUCUAAAGGGAGUGGUGUUAACCAGCCAACACAUAGGAGGAAACUCUCCCAUGUCACUUAUAGCACCUCCAUUCACCCAGUUACCCUUAACCCACACUCCCCACCCAAUACAUCACUAAUUCCUGCUGAAAUAACCUUCAAACCUGAACUCUCACCCACCUGCUUUGCUCCAUCUCCACCACCACCGCCUCGCACAGAGACACCUCAUGCUCACCUCUUGCCAGGACCUCAGCACUCCCCAAAUCUACCCUCGCCCCCUCCCAUCCCUCUCUUCACAAGAGCCAGCAUGGCACCUUAGAAAGGCAGCUCUGAUACCGAUCCCUGGUUUAUACCCUUCAAUGGCUUCCACUGAGUUUAGGACAAAUCCCCAAACCCUUCUAAUGGCCACAAAGCUCUGUGGGAUCAGUCCCCACCCACCCUCCAGCCCCACCUUGCACCCCUCCCCCUCUCUCUCUCUGCUCUGACCUCCCCGGCCACCUUUUACAGUCUCCUACACCAAGGAGCCUCUCUGCUGUCCUGGGACCUGCCCACUUGCAUGCAGUUCUCUGUCUAGAACACCUUCCCAGACUCACUCACGCACACCUACACUAG